AUUUUUGGCAACAUAAUGUAAAUAGGAAGUUUCAUGAUACAAUCUUUUAUAGAGGUAGGUUUGCCUCUCGUUUUGUUCCUGCUGUUUUGAAAUUAUGGGAACAUGGAGGACGAACCCGAAGUCUUGUACCCAGAUCCAGGGUUAUGGACAAAGACCUCGCUCAUCCAGCUAUACUACGGGAUAUUGGUUAACCUAACUUCGGUCACUAACGGUAUAGCUUUCAGUUUUUCGUCUAUCAUGGUGCCGCAAUUGACAACAGUCGAUCCUAAAAUUAUAACAUCAAUUAUGGAAGAGACGUUGAUAGUAAGUGUAUUGCCUUUCACCACGAUGAUUGGUAAUGUUAUUAGCGGAUUCCUAAUGGAUACAUAUGGGCGACGGAUGGCACUGAUCGUCUGCGAAGUACCCAUGAUAAUCGGAUGGAUCCUAACCGGGUUCGCAACUACUGCUGUCGAGUUAAUUAUUGGUAGAUUUAUAGUUGGUUUGGGGUGUGGCAUGGGCAUGAUUCCUCCUCGAGCGUAUGUCACUGAAAUAUCACUGCCUAAUAUGAGAGGCGUGAAUGGUUCCUUUCCUAGCGUCGGUACAGCUCUUGGAGUUAUCUUACAGGCGGUUUUCGGUGCAUUUAUGAAGUGGCCCAGUUUGGCAUUUCUUAAUGGUUUCUACAGCAUCAUUUUGGUAUUCCUCGCUUUCAUAUUCCCGGAGACGCCAUAUUUUCUUCUGAUGACGAACACACCUGAGAAAGCUGAAAUGACUUUAAGGAAGUUCAGAUCCGUGCAUUACGAUGUCGAGGCAGAAAUGGAUACGUUAUUAGAAUACAAGUCGGAUAACAGACUUCGUAGAUUAAGUCUACAUGAGCAGAUGCAGAUGUUGUUCAGUAAAUCAGCUUGUAAACCAUUCUCGAUGAUAGUCACUUAUAUAAUAAUAUCACAGUUAGUUGGAGUUAAUCUUCUACUGAUGUGGACCAUCGAGAUGUUGCAAGAGUCUAGGUCGAGCAUUAACCCCGAUGUGGGCAACAUUGCGUUAGGUGUAACAAGGCUUGUUGUUGGCAUCGCUACUUCAUUUUUAAUGUUAAAAAUGGGUCGAAGAAUUUUGGCAUUAAUAUCGAGUUUGGGCGUGUUCGGCAUUUUUUUAUUAUUUGGAAUAUUCAUCAUUUACAACACUCAACAGAGCGUACUGCCAAUUUUCUUCUUUUUAAUCUAUAUGGCAUUCUCAAGUAUUGGUUAUUAUCCUCUGCCCAUGCUUCUAAUAUUUGAACUGUCACCUUUGCAAAUUCGUGGCAUAGUUGGAGGUAUUGGUAUAGCAAUAUUAAAUGGUACAACGUUUGCUGUCAACGCAGUAUAUCUGCCAUUUUGCAGUGUUAUUGGAUUUGCUAAUGUGAUACUGGGAUUUAGUAUUUUCUCUUUAUUGGGUUCCUUAUACGUCUACUUCUACUUGCCGGAGACGAAGGAUUUGACGCUGCAAGAGAUUGAAGAGUUCUACAACGAGAGACGACCUACGUUGACGUCACAACGUCGUAUUCGCUCGAUGAUGGCGUUGUCGCGUCAGCUCGGCAGUGCAGAGAGCAGAUCCGUCAUGAGAAUCAAAUCCAAGAGCUUUAACAGAUAAGAUCCAAGCAACGUGGUGUAUGUCGUAGUGAUUUGUCGAAAACGUUUUGUUAAAUGUUUGUAUAAAGUUGCAAUUAAAAUACUACAUUUUAAAUUUUC